GCCGUUUGUGUCGUAGCCGUGACUUUGCUUAGUCACGGAAGUAAUCGGUCAUCUUUUUCUAGAAUUUCCAAAUUCCAGACGAAGCGAUAAAGAAAAAGGGCGCGUCUCCAAAGCGCUGCAUAGUGUUAGGAAGUCAUCGAGCAAUAAGAACAGCGUACCAGACGAAGAGACCAUCGUCCAUCUGCAUCCGGAAGAAGUUAAUAAACCGGAGCGGUGAUAGAGGGUGCGAUCGGCGCGACGGCUGAGAGAAGAAGAGAGCGGUAUUAUAGUGAGGAAGAGGUGGCUAGAGGUAGAGAGCGCGACGGACGUCUAUCUGUACUUGAUUUGAGUUACGUCGUUCAUCAGGUUUUCAAAGGAGGCCAUCUUUGUGUAGUAGUUUUCUCACUACCUAGACCGGAGCGAGGAGGCAUUUCUCUCAUCUUCCAAUUGGAACCAGUACGACCGAAGAGGGUCGUUGCGAAGGACUAAAGUACGACACCCUGUGCGGCGAUCUCUGUGUGGUAGAGCCAUCGAAGACCGGAAUUGCUGCCGACACCACACGCAAUCUUCCUGGGAUUACAGACACACACACUCGCUCGCAGUCAGCAGUCAUAGAUACUACAACUACACGCAGUGUGUGAGACAGAGAGAGAGAGAGAUAGAGAAGAAAGGAGAGACAGCGAGAGAGAAAGAUAGAAGAUAGAGAGUGUGGAAGGAAAGAGAGUAGUGACUUUUUUUACUUCGUCCAAUUUUGCAAAGGCCACCGGAACAGUAGUUAAAAAUAAGACACACACACAACACACCAAAUGGCUCUGAAACGAAUCAAUAAGGAACUACAAGACCUAGGUAGAGAUCCUCCCGCACAAUGUUCAGCAGGACCUGUCGGUGAUGACUUAUUUCAUUGGCAAGCCACAAUCAUGGGACCACCGGACAGUCCGUAUCAGGGUGGAGUGUUCUUCUUGACGAUCCACUUCCCCACAGACUAUCCAUUCAAACCACCCAAAGUGGCUUUCACUACUAGAAUCUACCAUCCAAACAUAAACAGUAAUGGUAGCAUCUGUCUUGAUAUAUUAAGAUCACAGUGGUCACCUGCAUUAACAAUCUCAAAAGUACUGUUAUCAAUCUGCUCACUUUUAUGCGAUCCAAAUCCGGACGAUCCUUUGGUGCCAGAGAUCGCUAGGAUAUAUAAAACGGACAGGGAGAAGUACAACGAGCUGGCGCGCGAAUGGACCCGCAAAUAUGCUAUGUGAUGUCCCGGCCCCCCGACCCACAAUUCUCUCACUUUAGAUUGAAACAAAACAAAAAA